AUGUUAAACACCACGUGUCAAUACGAAGAACCAUUUUAUAUCCUUCCCCUCAAUUGGAUCUCUUCAUUCUUGUCUAUUCCUGUGUACGGUAUCGCAUUCAUCGUGUUGCUCAUGAAGUGUCCAAAACAUUUCGACGAAUAUCGGAAGUAUAUUGUGAUUCAUAUCAUUUCAGGACUUCUAUCGGAUUUCCAUAUUCGAGUAAUAUGGAAAGUGAGUGUAUUUCUACCGUGGCCAUCUCUGUGUUCCAAUGGAUUUGCAGUUGAAUAUGCUCUUAUCAUGUUUUAUAUCUUCGUCAUCCUUCUUUUCUUUACCGGAGCAACUGUUCUGAAUCUAUUCCUUCAGAGAAUGAGUGCAAUUACUAAACACGUGGAGAACGUAAACUUCCAAAAAUUUAUAUAUUUCCUAAGAUAUCUUUUUUACGCUUCGUCUGGUGUAGCGAUCAUUCUUGUGGUUUCCAUCUAUCCGGAGUUCAGGAAUCAGAAAGAAACCAAAACAAUAAUUGAGCAGAAAUUCGGAACUCUUCCCGGUUACAUGUGGUGUGACAAUUGUUUUUUCAUGCAGUUCGAGUCUCGUCUCUUCUCACUUUUCUUUAUUUUGGGAUACUUUAUAAUAAUAUGUGUUGUCACCGCCGCAUUGUUGGCUGCCUUCGAAACAUUGAGAGCUCUGAACUCCAAUAGUUUAAGUUUAUCUCCAAAGACAACAGCAAUCCAAUAA